CUCUGGUUUCACAUUACUACUGGACAGGGAGAGCGUAUUUUUUUGGUCAUAGAAAUUAUGUAAUUCACUCCAGAUUAACCAAGUAUUUACAGACAUCGAUUAUGCUUUAAAUGAGAAAUAAGAAGCUUUCUUCAAUGACGAGACGGCUGAUAUAAAUAUCGUGAUCUUUGCAGUGGGCAGGCAGAUUCUGGAUAAGACGAAAACAUGUGGAGAGGAGUGAGUGUGUGCCUCUUGCUGCUGGCCGUUGUUUCAGAUACAGCCAAGAGCCAGAGCAGAAAAAGGAAAGGCCAGAGAGCAAACAACCUUUUCAUGAAAGAUGAAGUAAAAGAUAUGAUCUGUGAACUUGACAUAGCCUUCAUCGUGGACAGUUCUGAAAGUGCCAAAUUGUUACUGUUUGAGAAGCAGAAGACGUUUGUUGAGAGCCUCACUGAAAGGAUCAUGCAGCUACAGAUGCCACUUGCCUGGAAGUUAAAAGUCAGGCUGGCUGCCCUACAGUACAGCAGCACAGUCAAGAUAGAGCACAACUUCAGAGACUGGCAAGAUGCCGAUGUCUUCAAAAGCCGAGUUAGCACAAUGGCCUACAUUGGGCAUGGGACUUAUUCGUCCUAUGCAAUAACCAACGCUACCCAGCUUUUUGACGAACAAACAAAGCCUAACAGUGUGAGAGUAGCCAUUCUCAUGACCGAUGGAGUGGAUCAUCCCAGGAAUCCAGACAUCAUGGGUGCGGCCUCUGUAGCAAAAGAUCGCAAAAUUCGACUUUUCACUAUCGGGCUAACAGAUCUUGCCAGAGAGAGCGUCAAUAAUGCUAAGCUACGCUCUAUAGCUACUGCCCCUGCGCAGCAGUAUGUGCACAGCCUGACUGACCCAUUACUCGAAGAAAAGCUUUUCCGUGAGCUGAGCGUGAUUGCAAAUAAAGGAUGUCCACAGCCAUGUUCCUGUGAGAAAGGAGAGAGGGGCCCUCCAGGAGGUCCGGGGAAAAGGGGCGAUCCUGGCUACGACGGGUCUCCUGGUGAGAAGGGAUCAAAGGGUGAGCCUGGUAUCAAUGGGAGGACUGGAAAUGAAGGCCCAGAGGGAAGACCUGGCUUCAGGGGGGAUAAGGGUGAGAGAGGAGAAUGUGGGGCUCCUGGAACGAAGGGAGAGCGGGGAAUGGAGGGGCCUCCGGGACUGAGGGGACCCAGAGGGGUGCAGGGUAUAAGUGGACCUCCUGGAGAGACUGGCCCAGAAGGAAGCCCUGGACCCAAAGGGGAUCGAGGACCGUUGGGUGCCUCGGGCCCUCCAGGGGACGCUGGCAUCGGGUUUCCUGGCCCAAAGGGAGACAAAGGCAUUCAGGGAAGACCUGGCCCCACUGGUCCAGUUGGCAUCGGAGAACCAGGGCUGCCAGGUCCUCCAGGUCCCCAGGGGAUACAGGGAAACCAAGGUCCUCCUGGAGAAGGACUCCCAGGUCCGAAGGGCGAUCGGGGGUACGAGGGGCCCCGGGGCAGCCCAGGCCCGUCCGGAGCCAGCUUGAAGGGCGAGAAGGGCGAUAUAGGACCACCAGGCUUACCUGGACCAGUGGGUUUUCCAGGAAUGGGGAUACAAGGUGAAAAGGGUAACCAAGGUCCUGCAGGGCCCCCUGGCCCCAGAGGUACCCCUGGAAUAGGGUUCAUGGGCCCAAAGGGUGAUCAGGGCUUUCCUGGAGAGUCUGGGGUUCCAGGGGAAAGGGGCUUUGGUGAACCAGGACCUAAAGGUGAUCCUGGUCCUCCUGGGGCAGCAGGCAUUCCAGGCAUCCCAGGGGAGGAUGGUGUUGAAGGGCCAAAGGGGGAGAGUGGGUUACCUGGUCCAAGAGGCCCAGACGGAGCAGCUGGAAAGGGGAUUCCAGGUGAAAAGGGAGACAAGGGGGACAGAGGUGUGCGAGGACUUCCUGGAGCUCAGGGGCAGCAGGGACCUACAGGGCCUAAGGGAGAACCAGGAAGUAUUGGACAAAUUGGAAUGCCUGGUCCACCUGGCCGGGGAAUUCCUGGACCUAAGGGAGAUACUGGUCCAGUGGGGCCAGCUGGACCUGUAGGAGAGACUGGAAUUGGGAUCACUGGGCCCAAGGGUGAAAGAGGUCUGCCUGGACCAACGGGCUCACCUGGACCUAAAGGGGAAGGCUUUCCUGGUCUUCUGGGUCCCCGAGGGCCACCAGGAACUCCAGGAGAAAUAGGCCCAGAAGGAAAAGGAUUGCCAGGAGCCAAGGGUGACCGUGGCUCUCCAGGUCUUCCAGGACCAUCUGGACCACCAGGAAUUGGACAAAUAGGACCAAAGGGCUCUGUUGGCCAGCCUGGUCUCCCCGGUCUUCAGGGUAUACCUGGAGAGGGCAUUCAAGGGCCCAAGGGUGAACCGGGAUUCCAGGGAUCACCGGGCCCCAGGGGCCCUCCAGGAGAAGGCCUGCCUGGAGAAAAGGGAGAUCGAGGCUUUCCGGGUGAUCGAGGGAGGAAAGGAGACAAAGGAGAGUUUGGAGGACCUGGAUCACCAGGGUCACCUGGGAGAAUAGGGCAAAAGGGAGAUCCUGGCCUAACUAGAGAAGAAGUUAUUAAAAUAAUCAGAGAAAUCUGUGGGUGUGGCGUGAAAUGCAGGGAAAGCCCACUGGAGCUUGUCUUUGUGAUCGACAGUUCGGAAAGCGUCGGGCCAGACAACUUCAACGUGGUCAAAGAUUUUGUCAACGCCCUGAUUGACCGAGUCUCUGUGAGUCGAGAUGCCUCGCGCAUCGGUGUGGUCCUGUACAGUCACAUCAACGUCGUAGUGGCCAGCUUACACCAGCAGUUAAGCCAGGAGGAGGUGAAGGCUGCAGUGCGCAAAAUGACCUAUCUUGGGGAGGGCACAUACACGGGGAGUGCCAUCAAACAGGCAAAUCAGAUCUUCCAGGCUUCCAGGCCAGGAGUGAGGAAAGUCGCGAUAGUCAUAACUGACGGACAGGCCGACAAGCGCGACUCGGUGAAACUGGAGGUGGUGGUGAGGGAGUCUCACGCCACCAACAUCGAGAUGUUCGUGAUCGGAGUCGUGAACAAGAGCGACACCUUAUACCAGGAGUUCAAGAAUGAGAUGAACGUCAUUGCCUCUGAUCCGGAUGAGGAACAUGUCUACCUCAUUGAUGACUUCAUGACCCUUCCUGCUCUGGAAAGUAAGCUGCUGAGCAGAAUCUGCGAAAGUGAAGAUGGUUCUCUGUUUAGUCCGAUUCCCAGCUCUAUUCUUCCCCCUGGAAUCGCCACUACUUCCGAGGUCUUCAGAGAGACAGAAAGAACAGACACUCCUCGUUUCAAUGGAGACUACAACAGGGUAUAUAAGGAGCCGGCACCGCCUGGAAAAUCAGUGUUAACCACUGCUCCUGAGGGUCCUGGUCCUGUUAAUGCUUCCAGAACGGAGCAGAUUCAUUCCAGAAAGGAGCUUCCUGUCCCAUCGUUUGACAGCGAAACUUCCAUCGCCGCUGCAUCCGGCCCUCACACGCCCACACAGAAGCCAUAUUCCCCGGAGACAGGAUGGCUCCCCGCCCCUCCGCCUCUGCCACUGGAACGGGAAUCCUUCCUGUCAGAUAGAGGAUGCGAUGAACAUUUGGACCCAGGACCAUGCAGGGAGUAUGUGGUCAAAUGGUACUACGACUCUACAGCCAAUGCUUGUGCCCAGUUCUGGUACGGAGGUUGUCAAGGCAACAGGAACCGGUUUGAUACAGAAGACAGCUGUAGAAAUACAUGUGUGAGAAGAUAAAGGCUAAAGCAAAUGGAAUGAUCUCCAGACCUUCAUCACCCAAGAGGUGAACAGCUCUAACAUUAAAAAAAUAUAUUAUUUUUUAUUUGCUCAUCUGUAAAAGAUUCUGAGGAAAUCAGAAAAAAAGUUCUCAUUGUUUAAUUUAACAAGAAAUAUCUUAUAAGGAAGCCAAGCAGUUUCCUGUUUUCUGUGAUCUGUUUUUUAUGUAGUUGCUAUCAUCUUGGGGUUUACACAAAUAAUUAUAAUCAGAAGUGGGAAGGAAAUAUUCUUGACAAUAUUAGAGCUUUGAGGAAGACUAUGGAUGGCCCAAGGAUGGCAAGUAAGACAUCUGAAGAAGAUGCCACUGCUAAAUCAAGGUGUAAUUUCUUCUCUCCUUUCACUUUUCAGUGUGGAGUUAACCUCUGCUUGUUCCCAAUAAGCGGGCAUCAUCUAUUACAGAAUCCUGGUCACAUGCAUACAUAAAUAUGAUAACAGUAUGUAGUCACAUUAAACACCAUUAUUCAGAGAUUCCUUAAUUGUAGUCUUGCCUGGACCUUCAAAGAUGAUAGGUCAUUUUAAUCUGUAACACUUUGUGUACUUUGUGUAACAAAGUAUACUUUGAGUAAGAUCUUGUAACAUUAAAAUAACUGUUACAAGAUUUUAAGAAACAGGAUUUAUUGUUACACCGAAGCAAUGUCAAUGGUUUAAGAUAAGCCUACAAAUUUGCAGUUUCACAUUGAAAACACAACACGCCUUCACUUUUGACCUCACUCAUGCACUCCAAUGAUUUGCAAUUAAACAAAUACAGCAGGAACACUUCUCCAUGUGACUGGGCACACAGGACUUAUGCAAACAGUAGGUUUCACAGAUAUGUUAAAAGUGCUCUCCUCCCAACCUGUUUGGCCAGAUUAUUCUUCCUCUGCGCUCAUUGUCAGAGAUGUUUCAGAUUUUAUUACCUACUUACAGUAGUUUUCCUGUCCUACAGCACUUUUACACCCUGCUGAUACAACACACUGUAGGAAUUUAGGCCUAAAAAUUAAAAAACUCCUUCUUUUCAGGUUAGUUAGGGAAAGUAAACUGUAUCUUAGUUUAGAUUUCUGACCUGAAAACAUUAUAAAACAGUAUUUAAAUAUUCAUAAUAGAAGACCCAUGCCAUUUAAACACAUGCUAGAUCCUGAUGCAGCAGGAAUUGGGAAUUGGGUCAGACAGGUUAAAGGGACCAAGUAGCAUGAUAAGUGACGUAAUAGGGUUUUAAGAGGAGAGAAGAGAGAAAGGCACCUGCACAGAUUUCAUUAUUGUUGUGCUUCAUUUCAGACUGACCUACAUUUGAUACUCUGUGGUGUUAAUUAUGGUUUAAUUGGUUUUUCAAAGGACAGUUUUGUGGUGAAAGUUGAACAUUAUCACAGACCAUAACCCUACAAAAGCAACUGACAAAAACUAGAACUAGAACUAUUUUAAAAAAAAGAACAUUUUCCACAGUUUUAAACAGGUAAAAAUCAGAAACUCCAACAGUGAAAUUCUCCUCAAAGUAGCUCGUGUGAAUGGAAAGAUUUACAGAAAAUAUAUCUUGUGUUUUUACUACAUUUUCAUCUUAGUUGCACUGCAAAUACAGUGCUGGGAACCUGCAUUCUUUACCGAUAGCUCAGGGUCAUGCUGCUGUUUUGUUUGUGGUGCUUCAUUGUAGGUAUUAUUCCUAUAAAAACAGACAUAACCACAAAAAUGUGGGCUGUGUUCAGAGUGAAAAAAGGAAGAGAGUAUAGUUGAAUGAAUGCCAUACAAAAGAUAUAAUACUCAAUGUUCAAUACUGUUGGUUUUAACUUACUGUGCCAAGCUGACUAAAUUCCUUUAUAUUUAACCAUCAAAGAAAGUUUGGCAUAUUGAUUUAUUUAUAAUGGACAAGUUUUAACUACCAUACCUGAAGACUUUUUCGUACUUCAAAUGGAAGUGUGAAAACCAAUAAAAGAUUUGAAACAAUUCGAUACAAACCUGCGUUCCUCUGAAGACAUACGCUCUCUCCAUUAUGCAUUAAUAAAGCGCAUAAGAAGAUGACACAGUACCUAACCGGAAGGUUAACAUUUAUGUUUAAAGAACACGUGACACACAAGAACACAGUAUGUUCCAACACAAAGACAUCGAGGAAUCGCCAAAACAUACACACACAACAGCAGCAGCAAGAAGUUAAAUACCAUCAAGCUUAAAAAGAAGUCAGAUGAGCAGUGUUGUAUGGGGAGUUGAUGUUGUUGACUGUACAAUUCCCGUCGGAGGGGCUGGUGCUCUGUAGGUCACUCAGUUGCUCUGGCUAGUGGGCAGCAGUGACGCUUACAGGAUGUGCAGGUCCUCAUUCUAUCAAUGUGGGUAAAGGCAACGGAGCUGGACAGCCCAGUCUUAAAAACAGAUCCUCAUCGAUCAAUGUGGGCAAAGUAAUUGUCGCUGGAAAGCCAUGUCAGAAAUUAAAUGUGUGCAAGCUACGAACAUAGUGAGUAUU